AUCCCAUAUACGGACGAUUAGUUUGGCAGAAGAAAAUUUUCAGCCGCCAUUAAUCAGCUAAUUAAAAUUACAAUCCUAUAUUUGUAGGCGUAGCCUCCUCUAUAAGAAGGAGGUGGAGCUAAUUAAAAUAUUUCAUCAACAGAAUUUCUGUAAGUCAUCUCAUUUCCUUCUCAAUGGCUUUUCGCUUCAUGUCUGCAAUGCUCACAUCAGCGCUGCUCCUCAUGGCGACUAUGGAUUUCACAGUUGGUCAGACGGGCGUGUGUUACGGGAUGCUCGGGAACAAUCUACCGGCGGCGAGCGACGUGGUGGGUCUGUACAACCAGAACAACAUCCGGCGAAUGCGAUUGUACGACCCCAACCAGGCCGCCCUGGGCGCCCUCCGCGGCUCCAACAUCGAGCUGAUGCUCGGCGUCCCCAACACCGACCUGCAGAGGCUUGCAGCCUCCCAAGCCAACGCCAACGCCUGGGUCCAAACCAACGUCCGCAACUACCCGAACGUGCGGUUCCGCUACAUCGCCGUGGGGAACGAGGUGAGCCCCAUCCGCGACACCGCCCAGUACGUGCAGUUCGUGCUCCCGGCCAUGCGCAACGUCUACAACGCCAUCUCCGCCGCCGGGCUGGGGAACCAGAUCAGAGUCUCCACCGCCAUCGAGACAGGCGUGCUGGCCACCUCGUACCCGCCCGCCGACGGGGUGUUCAGGUCCGACGUGACGUCGUAUCUCAACCCCAUCGUGCGCUUCCUGGCCGACACGCGGGCCCCGCUGCUCGUCAACUUGUACACUUACUUCUCUUACAUUGGCAACAAAGGGAGCAUCGCCCUUAACUACGCGCUUCUACAGCCCAACAGCGGAAUCACUGUGCCCGGCGGGAUACGCUACGACAAUCUCUUUUACGCCAUCUUGGACGCCAUGUACGCCGCCCUCGAGAAGAGCGGCGGCCCGGCCGUCGAGAUCGUCGUGUCGGAGAGUGGCUGGCCCUCCGCGGGGGGCGACACCACCACGAUUGAUUACGCCAGGAUCUACAACAAUAAUUUGAUUCAGCGUGUCAAGACUGGGACUCCCAAACGGCCGGGCCGGGCCAUUGAGACCUACAUUUUUGCUAUGUUUGACGAGAAUCAGAAGGGCGGGCCUGACUAUGAGAGGAAUUUCGGGCUUUUUAGGCCCAAUAGACAACCCAAAUACCCAAUAAGCUUUAAUUAGUUUUAAACAUAUAGACACACCUUCUAAUAAGGACUCUGUGCUAGUCCCCAUCUAUUUGAAUAAGGUUGCUAUUUCGCCAUACAAUUACUAUUACCGCAUCAAAUUUGAAGGUUUAAACA